AUGCUGCUGGGCCCGGGGAUGCACGACUGCGCAGGACGCGCUCCCUCAGCCAAAAAGCAGGAGUUCAGGAUGGUUCCCCCACCACCUGUCAGCAAGCCCCAUGUGUGCCUCUCCACUGUGCUCAUCAUGACCAGCCUCGUCCUCAUGGAUGCCUACCUGGUGGAGCAGAGCCAGGGCUCCAGGAAGCUGGGCAUCUGUGUCAUGGUGGCAGUGGGUGACAUAUGCUUCCUGCUGGUUCUCCGCUAUGUGGCUAUCUGGGUUGGGGCAGAGGUAAAGACAGCUAAGCGAGGAUAUGCCAUGAUCCUCUGGUUCCUGUAUGUCUUCGUUCUGGAGAUCAAAGUCUACUUUGUAUACCAGAAUUAUAAAGCUGACCGGAAAAGCUUGGAUCUCAUAGCCCGCAAAGCAUUGACCUUGCUGCUCUCCAUCUGCAUCCCAGCUCUCUACGUGUUGUUGGUGGCCACAGAGCACAUGGAGUAUGUCAGAACAUUCAAGAAGAAGGAAGAUCUCCGCAACCGCCUUUUCUGGGUCAUUGUGGACAUGCUGGAUGUGCUGGACAUCCAGGCCAACCUGUGGGAGCCUCAGAAGAAAGGGCUGCCGCUCUGGGCUGAGGGCAUCAUGUUCUUCUACUGCUACAUCUUGCUCCUGGUCCUGCCGUGCGUGUCCCUGUGCGAGAUCAGCAUGCAGGGGAUAGGCAUCGUGCCGCACCGGAUGAUGCUGUACCCCAUGCUGAGCAUGCUCACCGUCAACAUCACCACCAUCUUCAUCCGAGGCAGCAACAUGGUCUUCUUCAGAGAUGCCCGGGUCUCCAGCAUCUUCAUGGGCAAAAACAUGCUGGCCAUCGGGAUGAAGGUCUGUAUGUUUGUACAGUACCAGCGGCACCGGCACCACACCCCGCCAGGGCCGGACCCGCAGCACAGCACCCCGGCGCAGCCGCCCGCAGGGCUGCGCAAAGCCCGGGACCAACCCCCCUGCCCCGAGGAGCUGGCCCAGGACAACACGUGA